UUCGUGCGAAAUUGACUCAAUUCGUCAAAAUGGCGCUGCUCGUAGUGGGAGACUAGAGUUAGUUGUCAUUAUACAGUGGCAUUUAUUCUGUUUUUGGCCAACACAGGCAAAGCAAGCCACGACAGUAUGGCAACUCUGGAUCAGAAAUCACCCAAUGUGCUUCUUCAGAGCCUCUGCUGCAGGAUAACGGGGAAAAGCGAAGCUGAAGUUGCCCACCAGUUUCAGUAUGCAGUGCGAGUCAUUGGCAGCAACUACGCCCCCACCAUUGAACGCGAUGAGUUCCUGGUAUCAGAGAAGAUCAAGAAAGAAUUGCUGAAGCAGAGGAGAGAAGCGGACGCUGCCCUGUUCUCAGAGCUGCACAGAAAGCUUCAGACGCAGAGUGUUCUGAAGCAUCGCUGGUCUGUUCUCUACUUGCUGUUAAGCCUCUCUGAAGACCCCCGCAAGCCUUCCAGCAGGGUUGGAAACUAUGGGGCACUCUUUGCCCAGGCCCUCCCCAGGGAUGCCCACUCCACCCCUUUCUACUGCACCCGGCCCCAGAGCCUGGCCCUGGGCUACGGGGAGAGGACGGCGGCCCUGUCAGCCAGCGUGGGGACCAGCGGCAUUUCCAGCCUGGGCGUGUACACGCUGAACGGACCCACGCCAACGCCGCAAUCGCUGCUGGCUGGUCAACCCCCUCAGUCUGCAGCAGGAGCUGGUCAGCCUCUGGGCUCUCGGCUGGCCUGGACUCUUCCUGUAAGCUGCUCUCCUUCAUCUGCUCCGGCCGUGCCCGCCACCCGACCACCUCUGGGACCUCCAGCUCCCUCCCCCAGAGUGGUCCGCCCCCGCCGAGACGGGGAGGUGAGCGAAGCGGCGCUGGUGCGGGACAUCCUCUACGUCUUCCAGGGAAUCGAUGGCAAGUUCAUCAAGAUGAGCGUCCAGGAUAACUGCUACAAAAUAGACGGCAAGGUGGUGCUGUGCAAGUCCCUGAGAGACACCAGCAGCAGACUGGCCGAGCUCGGCUGGCUCCACAACAAAGUCAGGAAGUACACCGAUGCCAGGAGCCUCGACCGGGCCUUCGGGCUGGUCGGACAGAGCUUCUGUGCCUCGCUCCACCAGGAGCUGAAGGAGUACUACAGGCUGCUGUCCGUCCUCCACUCCCAGUUGCAGGUGGAGGACGAGCAGGGUGUGAACAUGUGCACAGAGAACAGCCUGACUCUCAGAAGGCUCCUGGUCUGGAUGUACGACCCCAAAGUCCGACUCAAAACGCUGGCCGCGCUCGUCGACUUCUGCCAAGGUCGGAAAGGAGGCGAGCUGGCCUCAGCGGUCCAUUCUUACGGAAAAACCGGAGACCCACAGAUGAGAGCGCUGGUUCAGCACAUCCUCAGUCUGGUUGCACACCCCAUCCUCAACUUCCUGUACCGGUGGAUCUACGAUGGAGAGCUAGAAGACACCUACCACGAGUUCUUUGUAGCAUCAGAUCCCAACGUGAAGACAGAUCGUCUCUGGCACGACAAGUACUCCCUCAGGAAGUCGAUGAUCCCCUCGUUCUUCACCAUGGACCAGGCCCGCAAGGUUUUGCUGAUUGGUAAAUCCAUCAACUUCCUGCAUCAGGUUUGCCACGACAGAACGCCGCCGGGCAAAAUCACGCCAGCAUCCAACUCUGCCGAGACGCCCAAAGACGCCGCAGAGCUGCUGUUGGACCUGGAGGGGGCGUUUCAGGAGAAGAUCGAUGCUGCCUACUUUAACACCAGCAAAUACCUGCUUGACGUCCUCAAUCGCAACUACCUGCUGCUGGAUCAUCUGCAGGCCAUGAGGAGAUACCUGCUGCUGGGACAGGGAGACUUCAUCAGACACCUCAUGGACCUGCUCAAGCCAGAGUUAGUGCGUCCUGCCACCACUUUGUACCAGCAUAACCUGACUGGUAUCUUGGAGACGGCAGUCAGAGCCACAAACGCCCAGUUUGACAAUGCAGAGAUCCUCAAGAGGCUGGAUGUGCGGCUGCUGGAGGUGUCCCCUGGUGAUACAGGCUGGGAUGUUUUCAGUCUGGACUAUCAUGUGGAUGGACCCAUUGCUACGGUGUUUACAAGGGAGUGUAUGGGCCACUACCUGCGGGUGUUUAAUUUCCUGUGGAGGGCCAAGAGGAUGGAGUACACGCUGACUGAUAUCUGGAAGGGACAGAUGUGUAACGCGAAGCUGCUCAAAACCAUGCCUGAGCUGUCCGGCGUGCUGCAUCAGUGUCACAUCCUGGCCUCUGAGAUGGUCCACUUCAUUCACCAGAUGCAGUACUACAUCACCUUCGAGGUGCUGGAGUGCUCCUGGGACGAGCUGUGGAACAAAGUGCAGCAGGCUCAAGACCUCGACCACAUCAUUGCCGCGCACGAAGUCUUCCUGGACACCAUCAUCUCCAGAUGUCUGCUGGACAAUAACAGCAGGUCUCUUUUGAACCAGCUGAGGGCCAUAUUCGACCAGAUCAUCGAGUUCCAGAACGCCCAGGACUCCCUGUACCGCUCGGCACUGGAGGAACUCGCCCUCCGACUGCAGUAUGAAGAGAAGAAGCGACAGAGAGAGGAGGAGGGUCAGUGGGGAGUGACGGCGGAGCAGGAAGCCGAGGAGAAGAAGAGGGUUCAGGAGUUCCAGGAAACCGUACCAAAGAUGCGCUCCCAGCUCCGCAUCCUCACCCACUUCUACCAGAGCAUCGUCCAGCAGUUCCUGGUGUUGCUGAUGACCAGUUCAGACGAGAGUCUUCGUUUCCUCAGCUUCAGACUGGACUUCAAUGAACACUACAGAGCCAGAGAGCCCAGGCUGCGUGCCUCACUAGGCGCCACCCGCGGACGACGAUUGUCAAACAUCUGACACGAUGGUGGCGGCAAUCACAGACGAGGCUUCUAGUCAGUGACAUCACAGCGGACGGUUGCGACAUCACAGAAACGGGCCGGCCCGGCAUGCUUGAUGCGCUUUUGUGUUGAGAUGAUGUCAUGCCUUGGUGGAGCGCUGUUUCUGGACGCCCUGGAUAUCGUCGCAGCAGCGGUCGCCAAGUGAUGACAUCACAGCAGGCCGCUCCAGUGAAGUCGGCCGAGCUGGUUCACAAAGGAAUCAAGUGGUAGAAAAUCAAACUUUUUUUUGCAAAACGUGAGGUGAAUUUGGGGGAAGCGAGUCCAGCCGAGCGUGAGGAGGUAAAUAAAAGCUGCUGUCAGACUGAGCUCCCCGAGUCACGCAGGGCCUCCUUACAUGGCAUGCCUUAUUAAUGAGAAGAAAAAGAAAAAAAACCCAAACCUUUUUUCUCAGCCUGGUUGCCAAAACUAGCCCCAACACACAUGUAUGUAGAUAGAGUUUAUGCAAAAAUGUAUGUGUGUGUGUAUAUUUUACACACACAUAUAUAUAAUAUGUGCAUCUUUACACUUAAGCACCUGUGGCUUUGCAUCUCCUCACUAGGGUUCAACCGAUAUUGGUCCAAUAUUGCUAUUUUUUUUUUUUCCCAUUUUGUAUUUGUAGCAGCUAUUAAAUGUUUAAAUCUUAUCGUUUUUAGUACAAUCACUCCAUAAGAUACUACGUUUCUGCUGGAACGUUCUGAUUAGGGUGGGAAAAGAAAUGCAUUUACAUUACAAGGCGCUGAAGCUGGACCGACAGUCCUCAGCGUAUUAUUAUUUAAGUUACGGCAAGUAUUGGCACACUACAAUAUCGGUCUAACCCUAGUCCUUCACUCGGUCCUCCUUAAAAUCCAGGGUUAUUUUUUUUUUACUGUGUCAGGUCAGCAGUCUAAUCAUACACACACACACACACACACUUGGACAGUUCAGCUUCUGGUGACAUGAAGUCAAACCCAACCCAUACAGACAAAAUGUUGCCGACAUGUUUAUAUCUUAUAUUAGCAUGUGGCAGUUGUUGCUUUUCACACUUUUGUAGCUGUUUGACCUUUACAUUGGCGAGAAGCAAGAAACAAAAAAGCUUCUGGCUUCACCUUGACGGAAAACUGACUGAUGUAAAGAAUGAUAUUAAGAGUUAAGUUUGUAUUUAAGUUUGUUUUUUUCCCCCCAUUUCCCUCCUUAUUUUUCACUUUUAUGUCGGUAUCUUUGACCGUAUAAAGAUGGACGACUCACCUCCGCUUCACCCCCUUUAUACAGCAUCAAUGGGGAAAAUUUUAUUUAAUGUGUUCUUUGAGUUUUUACUUUAGCUCAUGUCCCAUCUGCUAACAUGAAGGUGGGGGUGGAAUCUAUGACCUGUACUGCAGCCAGCCACCAGGGGGCGAUCCAGAUGUUUUGCCCUCACUUUUGGAGAGUCUUGUUGUCCCUCUUUAUAUACGGUCAUUGGUCUGUGUGGGAGAUGGGUCACAUCAGGAAAAAAAAAAAUCAAUCCUAUCAACAACCACAGCAACCUCACUUCUCAUUGCAUAAACAAUAGCAAUUUUGAAAUGUCACAUGUUUCAGUUUCUUGACAAAAAUGUAAAUAUUUCUAAAUCCAUGUUGAAAGAAAUGAAUGGUUAUGCAUUUGAACUCAGCAGUGUAUUUUCUGAAGCAAGACUAUUCUGACAUAAAGAAACCAAGAGUGUUGUUAGUAGUGUUAUUAAGUGGUCUGCACAGUGGGCACAUGGGAGGAUGCUGACCGUAUCUGGGCGGAGUUCAGUGCAGUAGCACUGCUUUUAAUCAGCUGCCCAAAUUUUCAUGGAUUCACUUCAAUUGUCUCUCUACAACCAUAAGAAACUGGAUUUGGUUCCAAAAAAAAAAUUUUAAAUGUUAAUAAACAGUGUUAAAAUGACUCAGUUUGAGAGAAGCUUCGGGUCCACAUUAACAGCCCCAAUUUAAGUAAAUUAAAUCAACCCAAAGCUGAGCAUUGGAGGAAACACUUUGCCUCAGCUCAAAAACGGAUAAUCAUCCCAAGUCCUUAUCGCUGUGGUAGGAUGUUAACCGUUCGCUGGAUUUUCUUUGUAAUGCACAGUAAAAUGCAUUUUAUUAAAAUGUUUGUCGAGAUUCAGGCAUCAGCUUACGCAAUCAUGUCCAUACAAACAGCAGAAAGCAGUGAUCUCGCCCCGUAGGAGCUCUGGUCCUGGAUCAGGGAGCAAAGAAAUGCACCCUGAAUUUAAAAAAAAAAGAUCUCGCACCUUUUUGAUGUUCUAAUCUGGUCUAUUCAGCUCUGCCAAAAGUCAAAAUCUGACUUUGCAAACAACUUAGAUGCGUGCAGAGAUGUUCCAGGUUGAAUUUUUUUUUUUUUGUCAUAAGACUUUAUUGUCAAUGAAACAGAUUGGUGCUGCAUAUGAACUGUUUUCUGACAGUCAGUCCCUUCAUACACGUUUCAAUAAAUUUAAAAAAACAAAAAGGAGAAAAAAAAAUUAAAAUGAAACACCAAACUGAACCUGGGUCAGCACUCCUACACUGUCCUCUACACUGUAUAGCACAUAAUGUAUAGAAUAUGGGGAAACAAAUCAUCCCGCUUAUUCUUUAAUAAAAUGUUUUUUUUUUUUU